CAAAUCUCAGUGUCUCUCUCUUUCCCUCCUUUGGAAGGCUGUUUGGCAUCUGUCACACUGAUCUGGAACAUUAGCUACCAGCUAAAUACAUACUGGAUAACUUGUUCUGUUAUACAACCUGAGUAAGAACUGCCUGCCAGGAAUACUGGGAUAAGAAAAGGAAGAAUCUAAAAGGUGCACAUGAUUCACUGGGCCAAGGAAAACAUCAGCACAGGACAGGAACCAGGACUCUGGAGGCCUGUGACCGAGUGGAGGAAUAGCGGUGUCACACAGAAUGACAACACAUUGAUUUACCUGAGCUAGACAAUCAGGAAGACACAGAGGAAUUAAGUGAUUGUGCUGAAAGAGUGGGUAAUUUUGGAACAGAGUGGUGAACUGAAGAGGAAGAUCGUGCAGCAGCCUGUUCUGGUUCCUUUGCUCAUAUAAAUCAGACUUUUAUUUGGGCCUAGUGUGGCCUCUUGAAGCAGUGACCAGAACCAUGAAGCUGUCAGGGAACGUGCUGGAUCUGGACUCCACAGACUACAGCACCACCCUUGAUCCCUCCUACACCAUGCUGGAGUUUGACAACCUCAGGGUGUUUCCUGUAGAGACAGAGUUGAUGAUGCCGGAGCCUGCCCCUCUGCUGCCACAGACCAAUGGGAGCGUGUGUUCCAUAUGUGCAGACAGGGCCACAGGUAAACACUACGGUGCUUCCAGCUGUGACGGCUGCAAGGGCUUCUUCAGGAGGAGCGUCAGGAAGAACCACGCCUACACCUGCAGGUUCAGCAGGCAAUGUGUUGUGGACAAAGACAAGAGGAACCAAUGCCGUUACUGCAGGCUUCGGAAAUGUUUCCGAGCAGGCAUGAGAAAGGAAGCUGUGCAGAACGAGCGGGACCGCAUCAGCAGCCGCAGAGGAGAGGGACAGGGGCUGGGCACUCUGUCCAUCAGUGUACUGUUACAGGCAGAGGCCAGCAUGCAUCAGUUUCCAGCCCUGACCUCCCCUAUGAGCUGUGACAUCAACACCAAGAAGAUAGCGCUCGUGGGGGACGUGUGUGAGUCCAUGAAGCAGCAGCUCCUCCUGCUGGUGCAGUGGGCCAAGCGCAUCCCCGAGUUCUGCAGCCUCCCCGUUGACGACAGGGUAUCCCUGUUACGAGCCCACUCUGCUGAACACCUCAUCCUAGGGGUGGCUCAACGCUCCCUGCCUUACAAUGACAUUAUCCUUCUGGGUAAUUACUUUGUGAUCCCAGUGAGCGGUCCUGAGGUGGAGGUGUCCAGGGUGGCUGCCCGGAUCCUGGAGGAGCUGGUCAAGCCUCUGAGAGAGCUGGACAUCACCAACAGCGAGUUUGCCUGCCUUAAAACCAUAGUCUUCUUCAGUCCUGACUGCCCAGGGCUGGAGGCCCCUCAGACAGUGCGGCAGCUGCGUUUCCAGGCCCAGGUGCUGCUGGACGAGGCCACCUGUGAGCAGCGGGGGCGUUUUGGGGAGCUGCUGCUGAUUCUGCCCCCCUUGCAGAGUGUGGCCUGGCAGAUGGUGGAGACCCUGCAGCUGGCCAGGCUCCUGGGGGAGCCCAGUGUGGACAGCCUGCUGCAGGAGAUGCUGCUGGGAGAGGGGGCCACUGGGGGCCUGGGACAACACACAGGGCACGGUUCUAACUCAAACGUAAUGACGUUCCCCCAACCCCAAGAUCACACCCUGUCUCGGGACCUACUAGGAGGCCAUGUCGGGUUGCCGAGCAACUUCACAUCAGUCAUCCUACCUGUCCCUAGCUCUCUGCCAGUGGUGCCUCUGGUGCCCACACAGACUGGCACUGAGGUGUACAGACAUGGAGAGGGAGCAGACAUGCCCAUAGAGUCUGCCCACGGCAUGCCCAUGGCUCCUGUCCACACCUGCCUCUGAGAAGCAGACCAAGCAGCAGCAGCUACUCAACCAGAGAGGAGAAAAAAAGCUGUGUGGUCUAAACAUGCUGGCGCACACACACACACACACACACACACACACACACACGCACACACACAUCCAAUCUAGCCCACGGUUGGUUUGAGUAAAAUGUUUUUUUUGGAGGGGAAAAAAUUAUAAUGGACCUGCAGUUUCUUGACUGUGUCCAGCUCCCUGAUAACCACAGCGAGGAAAUACAACACGUUUUCAUUGCAGCCCUUGGAACCUCAUUGAAGACCGAAUGUGGCCCCUGGGGCAAAAUGAGUUUGCCACCCCUGACCUGGUGUUGGUGCAUCCAGGCCGUGCUACUAUAUGAUUACAACAUGAAGUAGGGGCUGUUACAUGGACACUAGUAACCCAAAAAUUGACUCUGACUCAACCAGCCAGUCCUCUCCCUUAUCCACCUUUGCACAAUGCACAUUACACACAGGGAAUAUGAUGCACACAAUUAAUAAUUGAUCAGGAAUUGUUCUUUAUGUUAACCAUUGACUGACAAUUAAAAUCAUCCAAUCAAUAAAGACCACAGCUCAAUAGUAUGUUAUCUUUAUUAGAUCAUGGUUGGGUGAGUGAGUUGUGUUGGCAUGUUAAUUAAUCACAUAGUGAUGUGACAGUGAAGUAAGAACAAUUUCAUGUUUUUAAUUCCAUGCAGAUGUUGGUACUGUUAAACAUUUUAAAGUUACUCGUACAAAUGUUUUUUUUUAAUGGAAAUAAAUGCAAAAAAUAAA